AUGAAGAACAGCUUUUCUCUGAAUCUUUAAAAUUCUAAAAUUAAGAAUUCUUCUAUAAGACCGCUUUAGUCUUUAAAGGAAGAGACUAAACUAUCUACAUUAAAGCUUAACAAUAAUGGUAAUAGCUAGUCUGUAAAGAGAAUCAACAUUUUAGAAUUCAAAUAAAAUGUGUAAAAAGAAUUAGAAAUACAAAAAAAAAAAUUAGAAGAAAUGUAAAAAAGGGAUUUUUAGCCUAUUACUUAAGAAUAUUUCAGUAAUGUAUAUGGUCCUUUAACCAAUAAAGUAAAUUAUAUUAAACAGUUGAGAUCACUUAUGUAAAGGAACAAAGAUUUUGAUGAAGCUCACUUUGCUAUUGGGUGUCCUUGCUUUCACCACGGACAAAAAAAAAAUAAGUUACUUUUUGCUGAUUAGUCAUGGUUUAAUGGUAUAACUUAAAAACCUCAGGAGAGAGAGAUGAUGCCAAGUUACUUAGACGCCAUGGUUUCGGAUAUUUAUGAUGAUAUUCCUAUAGAUGAAGGAAUUUUAGUGGGAGAAGUUAACUGUUUUCCAGUUAAAAAGAAAAAAGGAAAAAUAAAUAUGUUAAGAGAGAGAUUUAAUGAAGUCUUAAUUGAUGAAAAUUAUCCUGAUAUCGAAAAAAUAUAUAAAAUUAUGGGAUAGAUAAAUAAGCCAACUAAAGGAAAGAUUGUCCAUUUUUCUAUGUUUGAGAUAGAAGCAGGAGAAAUAAUUAAUUUCGAGUUUGAAAAUAAAGGCGUUUUAUCUGGAAAGCAAUAUCACAAUAAAAUUGAUUAUCAAGAGAUGUCUUAAUUUUAUUUAGAAAUAACAUUUUUAGAAAAAGAUAAUGUAUAGGAUGUUUUAUCUAGUAGUAGACCUUCUUCAGCUUCCUCAGGUAGUGAUAUGUCUACCUAAUUAUCUAGUUCUAGUGGAUUUUGUCGCAAAAAGUAAUCCCAUUUUUAAUUAUAGCUUAAGUAGAAAUACAGACAUACUUAGUUUAGUUAUGAUGCUAUAGAAGCUAUGAGAUAACUUAAACUUACUGACCCCUUAAAGCUAUACAGGAUCCUUACAACUUAUGAUCCAGUAUAUUAAGAAUCUAUAAUAUCUCUUUCUAUAAUAAUUAGAGAUAUGCCUCUCAUGAAUUUCUUAUUUACAGAAAUUUUUACUGAUUAGAACUUGAUAAGUAAUCAAGGGUUCUUUAAGUAUGCUUCAAUUGAAAUCUUUAAUGGAUUUUAAAAGGUUUCUUUCAGAUUUGAAAAGGAUAAAAAGUUUUUCCUUGAGCUAUAAAAAAGGCUAAUUGAAUAAUAGAAUAUUCAACUAUCUGAGUUUUUUUUCAUCAAGGACAAAAAAUUGGACUACACCCCAACUUAUGGAAGUGAUGGAAAUUAAUUCUCUCUUAUUUUAAGGUAAAGAAGUAAAUCCUACUCAGCGAUUCUCUCUCAAUUUUGUGAUUUCAAAAAUUUGUCAGAGCUAGAAUUCUCAAGCAAAAUCUUUGAAAAAUUGAUGAUUGAAAAUUAAUAAAAUAUUGAUAAUGUAGACCUUGGUUUGGAAUAUUUUAGAGAUUUAUAUUUCAAUAAAUUUGUCUUACCUGAUAAAUUUGAAAAUAAUAAAUUUUAAUCCAUUUAUUUUGGUAAUUCUAAAAUUGCAGGUGGUAGAAAGCUUGCUAAAUAAAAUAAUUCAGACAUUCGUUAUCACAACAUAUUACAUAAUUAUAUAGAAAAUAAAUAAAAUCUAGAUGAUAUAAUUAGAAGGUAUGAUGAAACUUUUGUAUUAUUUUCUCAAAAAGACAUGUCAGGUAAUACUCCGGGUUAACUAUUGUUUAAGCGUGCUAGCUCAGAUUAAAUAUUAGAAUAUAUUAAAUAAGCUGGAUAAGAUUAAGUCAAAGAACUUAUGAAUGAUCUAGGAGAAAAUAUUUUACACUCUCUUUACUUGAACACAAAUCUUAUGAACUCUGAAGAAAUCUUGGCUUUGCUUGGUUAAGAUAUAGUGAAUUAGCUCAAGAAUUAAAAAAAUAAUUAAGGCUAAUAUCCUCUAAUCUACUUUUUAAAAAGAAACAUUAAAAGAAUAAGGUUUUCUACUUUAAAUUUACUACUACCUACUUUAAGAGAGUAAGGUGACUCUAUCUAAUUUAUCAGAAAUGAAUUACUGCCAAUAAUUAACUCUUGUUCUUUAAAUUCUGAAGUGAUGCAGUUUUUAAUGAAUAAGAAAGGAUCUUUUUAGAUUAUUUACAAAUAUCCUCCUGCUAUAGCCAAAUUUUUUGAUAUGAAACCUAUUUAUGAAAGGCUUAUGCAAAAUUUAUUUGAUGAUCAAUACCACUUAAUGCAAGGAUAUUAAUACAUGAAUCAAAAAUAGCUUUUAUGGGUGAUAGAAAAGGAUAGAUCUUUAAUACACAAAAUGAUGAAAAUGACACAUCCAGUUUACGAUUGGUAUGUGAGAAAGAGGUAAGAGGGUGACACCUAAUAUUAAGACAUCAGUGUUUUAGUUAACAAAAACUAAAAAAUAAAAAAGAAACAAGCUUAGUAAAAUAUAAUUAAAUUAAGCUUAAUAAAGUAUAAAUUAAGAGACCAUGAAAUACUUAAAUCCACAGAACCUCUUCCAAAAAAUUCAACAUUUAAUCUUAACCAUCAUGAAAUAAAAUGGUCAAAUAAAAUAUUAUAUCCCUAAUAGGAUAGAGAGAUUUCUAAAUAUUUUUCUCGUCUGCUUACUAAAAACUAAGAGACAGGUUAAUAUAGUGCAUUUAAGUUUGAUGACUAUUAAGUACAAAAGUUUUUUUUCUGCAAUCUAGAGAACUAUCAUGCAAAAAAGCAUCUCUUAUUUGAAAAACUUAAAAAGCUAGAUAAAAGUUUUAUUUUUCACUUUAAUUAAACACACAGCAACAAAAAUUCUGAAUUUAUAUUAGAUCUAGAUAAGUUAGGCUUUUUUGCAAUUGUUGAAAUUAAAGCUAGACCAUUUGUAAGAUAUAUGGAGGAUUAACCUAGCAUAUAAAAGUAGAAAUGGUUUUAAACAAAAGAAGAAUUUAAAAAAUUAAUGAUUUAAAAGCACUGUAAUCACCUUACAAAUAUACCAUUUUAAAUGGCAAGAGAGGAUAGUAAUAUCACUGAAUUCAAAAAAUUACUAGAAAGAUUAAGUAAAUCUAAAUAUAUGGCAGACAGUCUUUUAGAGCUCUUUUUAUAUCAUAUUAUUGAGGGCAGUGCUUCUGAAAACCUAAGAGCUCUUUCAGAAUAUUACUUUGAUUUAAAUUCAUUUUUAAGAUGGUGUAGAGAGCUUAGAGUCAAUCCAUCUACUUCUAUGAUUUAGGUUAUAUUAGAUCAAAAUUUGAUUCCACACAAUAAGUUAGUUUAGAUGCUCUGUUUUCGUCGCUAUAAUCAUAAAUUAAUCGAGCAAAAUAUCCUUGCGAAUUUAGAUAUUAAUCAGAUCUAAAUUACAGAAGAAAAAUAAGAAGAAAAGAAUAAUAAAUCUGAUGGCUAGAAGAAAAAAUUAAAGGUUAGCUAAUUGCUAUUUGAUAUAAUAUGCGUUAAAGCUAAAGUUAAAAAUUUUACAAAAAGCUAUGAAUGGGCCAAGUUUAUAAUAGAAAGUAGCUUAAGUAACAAAAGUAGGAUGAGUAAAUAGAAUAAGAGGUACAUAUUUAGCUAAAAUUGGCCCGACCUUUGGAUGAAAUUGCAAGAUCCAAAUACUCAUGCUGGUGUUUUAUACUUUGAACUAAAUAAGAAGUUGAAAGAAAAGAAAUAAUACAAAACAAACAGCUCUAACUCAUAGUAAUAAAAUAACAAGAGCAAUUAAUAAGGAGAAACUUAAUCUAUUUUAAUAACAAAUAAAGACUAUUUUAAAAAAUGCAUUGAAGUUCUAAGUUCAAAAAUAAAAAAUAGCAUUUUAGCUAGAAUAAUCAUGAUUUGUAUUGAAUUGGGUAAACCAAAAUGGGGAUAAAAGCUCUUUACAUAUAGCUCUGUACAUUAAUAUCAAAUUUUUUAGCUUCUAAGAUUUUACAACAUAAAUUUACUUUAAUACAAGCUAUUAUUUUAGUAGUAAUCUUUUAUAAGUAAAGAUAAAAUAUAAAAUUCAUAAAUAGAAGAUCUGAAAUAUAUUGUUUAUGGAAAAAAAGAAGCUUUUUAAAUAUUAAAAAAAUUAGAAAAAAAUGAAUAAUAUGGAUAGAUAUAGCAAUGGAUUUAGAGAGUUAGUGAAGAAUAUCGAUACUAAUUAGCUCAUUUCUUUAUAAUGAGAUACUUGUAUAGUUUGCUGGUGGGUUAAGAAAACUCAGCAUCUCGCAAAUAAAUUAGAAUUGUCCAUGAGAGUUUAAACUCUGACAAACAUAACAAAAAGCAGUAAGAAUACUCUUAAAAAUUGGAAUAAUUAAUGGAAAAGAGCUAAAAAAGACCAUCUAAAUUCAAGAAAGAACAUUCUUACAAUUUGUUAAAUCAUAAAGAAGAAGCAAACAAAGAAAAAUAUGGUUAUUACAAAGUAAAAAUCCCAUAAAAUAAAAGUCUCAAGGUUCUAUUUGGUUCUCCUGUAUUGCUUAAUACCAAUUAAUUUUAAAUUGAACAACUUUUUGAUACUUGCUUAGAACUAUAUUAUUCAAAAGAUGAUUUUUAUGUGCGUAACAAUGAAGUUUCUUAUAAAUAAUUUUUAAAAAAUUAUAAAGCCAUGAAAAAUGAUUAAUCAGAUUAAAGUUAAUAUGAUUAUUUAUCAAAAAGAUUAUAAUUACCACUCAAUGAGAUAUAAUAGUAUUUGUAUCAGAGACCAGAUAAAGUUAUUGGAAUUCUAUAAAAAAUGAAAUAUUAGUCCGAAGAUUUUAUUAAAUACCUAUUCAGAAAUAAAAAACCAAGACGCUGUAAAAAAUUCAAUGAGAAUAUAGAAUAUCUCUCUUCUAAGUUAAUUAUUAAAGAAUAUAUUUCUGCUGAAAGUGCUGAACUCAUUCUUAGUAGUUGCCUGAAAGGCCUUUAUUAAUUUAAUAAUAAUUAAAUUAUAUCUUCAAUAGUUAAAAACUUUGGUAAAGAGAUACUUUUUUAGAAAAUGAAAGAGCUCACAAUCAAAGAACUGAAAAAUAUUCUUCCUAUUUAUUUAAUAGAAUAUAAGAAUUGGAUGACAAAAGAAGACUAAAAAUAGGGUACCAAAAAACCUAACAAUUCAAAAAAACAAAAUCUUAAUUCUGAGCUAGAAUUAAAAAAUUUAGAUUAAGCUCCAGAAAGACAAUAAAGUCAAUCAAAAGAUAAAGAAAAUUAAGAAGAAUUUGAAAUUGAAUAUUAAGAAAAUAAUUUAUAUCAUAUUGUUUUGAUAGAAUUAGCAUAAAGAGAAGCUUAAAGACUUAGAAUUAUUAGGUAGUUUAAAAAACAGUAGAUUGAAGGAAAUAAAAUUCAAGAAAUAUCUUAAUUCCAAAAUGAUUUACUCAAUUUUGAAUUGGCAAAUGUAAUAACUGAAAGGGAUUUAAGUGUAAAGUUUAGAUAUUAAAAGUCAGAUAUUACAUUUGGAGAGUAUAUUCUCUAAAAGGGCUUACUUAUUAAGGGUGAUUAAGUAGAUGAACGAUUGAUUUAGUUUAUUUAAAGUAACUCCAGCUCUAAAAUUUAUAUUCUGAAAUCUUAAGAUCCUCUUUAUGCAAAGAUAGUCUUUGACAAAUUGUAUUAGGGCAAGAGAAGUUUAGUCGAAGAAUUUAUGGAUUAAAGUAAAUUAUUCCAUGAAAUGAUUAUCAAAGGAUAUAAAGAAGAUUUUAUUGAAAAAAUGAUAUCUUAUUAUUAUAGAAAAAGUUCAGACUCUAUUAAAUUAGUAGAGCUUUCUAUUUAAAAUAAUAUGUAAAAGAUAUUUUUUUCAUUAAUAAGAAGCGAGUCUGAUAGGAAUUAGAUUAAGUAAACAAUUUAAAACCAGUAUUAAUACAUAAAAGCAUUUAGGCAUUAUGAUAUAGCAAACUUUGCUAUAAAUGAGCUAGAAAUAUAAUAGUUUAGUAACUUUAAAAAGUAACAUCAAAAAUCUAAUUAAAAUGAAUUAACAGAGUAAGAUUAGGUUUAAUCAGAUGAUGAUUAGAAAACAUUUUUGCUUGAAAUAGAAAAUGCUAAUUGGUUGAGUAUGAAGUUACUCCUUGCUUAAGAAAACUAAUUAGAGAAGUUUAAUAAAACAUAAAAGAUGUUUAUCAUGCUGAAAAAUCUUCUUUUGGAAAAUUUAACUUCUUUACCUUCGUUUUUACCUACAUAGAGUAGUAUUUCAAUUUUUGAAAAACUUUCAGAACUUGUAUUUGAUAGAUCUAAAUUAAAAAAUUACUCUUCUGAGUUGGCGAUAAUUCAAAGUGAAAUUUUAAAGAAUUAAAUUCUUCAAUUACCAGAGUCUUUAGAAGGGAGAUAGAUUGAUUUCGAACGUUCUUUGUUAGAUUCAUUAUAUAAUAAUAAAUUAGUAACCUAAUAGUGUAAAUAUAGUUCUCCAUAUGAUAAUUCAUUGAAAUAGAUAUUAAUCAAACCAUAUUAAGUUAUUUACUGGUUAAAGUAUCGUCAUGGAUAGAGUACUUUAAACUUCGCAUAAGCGAAAGAAGAAGAAUUUAUAUUAAAAGUAAAAGAUAUUGUGAAUAAAUUUGGUCCUCUGCAAAUUGAAUUUAAUGCUAUCCAAAUGAAAUUAGGAGUUCAAAAUGAAGUUUGGCUUUAUAAUGAGAUAAUAAGAAAUUUAGAAGUACAUAAAGAUGAGCAUUAUUUAUAUGAAUUGGCUAAUCUUCUCAAUCCUAUGAAUAGCACAUUCUCAUAUUUCAUGUUUAACAUUGCUAUAUACAAUACUGACCUUUUUAUUAAAUUAAUUCCAAAACUUAAAUAAAUAUUUACUGAUCAAUAAAUUGAAGAGUUGCUUUAAACAUAUAUUAAAAUUCAUUUAUAGCAAAAAGUAGAUGUCGAAUAGAUUUAAUUGACUGAGUAUUUACAAAAUUUCAUAACACCCAAAGCUAAAAACAUCAGUAGAAUUUAAUCAUAAGGCUCUAAUAAAUAAGAUGUUGAGUAAAAGGAUAAUAAAGACAUAGCUUUUGAUUCUCCUAUAUAAGAAAUUUCUGCUAUAAAACAAAAAUAAGAUUAGCCAAAUGAAGAUAAAAUUUUGGAUGAUGCUUUUGAUUAAGAAUAGGAUUUUUCUUAAAGUUACUUUUAAGAUCUUAAAAAUAUGAUUUCGGAAUAUUAAAAUUUAUAUGGCGUUAGCAGAAUAAGUAAAUAAUCCGGAUAACCUAUUAAGUUAUCUGUUCCACUUGAAUUUUAAAAUGCUUUUAUAAUAUUAAUAAAAUAUUUUAAUUCCAACUUAUAUUCUAAAAUUUUAUGUGACACUUUAACAAGCUUGGAUAAUAGCAGCAUUCUUAGUUUUAAGAUUAUAGUUUUCAUUUUAGACCAUGCCAGCUAAAAUAUAUAGGCAAAAUGUAUUAAAUAAUUAGCUAGCUAGCUUGAGAUAAAUAUAAAAAAUUGUAAUGAUAUUCGUUAGUUUGAAUAAAUUGCAUACUUUUAUGAUGAGCACGUAUCUAAGCUAUUAUAUGAGCCAUACAAUGUGAAAAGAAUAGAAAUUAUUAUUGGUAGUGCCAACAAAUAUUAAUAUUUUUCAAGCUAGAAUAUGAUUCUAACAAUAAACUAUAUAAAUAUUUAAGAAUUCUAGAGUUUUAUAUUUAAAGAAUUCGAAUUUACCAAAAGCAUUUAAUUCAUGCCUUUCGACAGCAUAAAAUUUGUUUUUAAUUUAAAAGUUUCUUCUAAAAACUUUGGCAGCAGUUAAUCUAAAACACAAAUAGUGAAUGAGUAUUUUGAAAAAUAAUUUUAAUAAGAAAUUCAUUAAGAGGAGUAUUAUUUUAGGAAUUGGUGUUAAAUGUAUGCUUUGAUGUAAAAUGCAUAAUUAAGAAAUUACGAUAUAGUAACUUAAUCUUUCAUAGAUAGGCCUAAAACAGAUUAAGAAUAUGAUUAAAUUUACAAUGAUAAACUUGGUGAUGAGAUAGACGAAAUAGUAAAAUAGAAAAAAGAAUAAAAUUUAAGUAAGAAAAAAAAAGAGAAAAUUUUAGAGAAAAUAAAUAAAAUAGGCACAAGUUUGUAUCCUAGAGAAGUCAACUUGAUUGCUAAAGAAAUAUAAUCUUCAGAAUAUGCAAAACUACUUUCACCCUAUGAAAGAAUCAAGAAUAUGUAAGGUUAGCUGUAUUUAGAAAAAGAAAUGAAAAACGAAAACACAUAUUUUGUAUACUUCUACUUCGAAAAUAAUAAGACACAUAUAAUUAACACUUUCUAUCUUACUAAUAUUUAUCUUUAGAAAAUACUUGACUAAAAUUAAAUAUAAUCCUCUAUGUCCUUAAAUAUACUACCAAUUCAAUAGCCAUUAAAAUUUAUAAGGUAGUUUGAUUAAGAAAAUGGUUUUUCAUCAACUUACUCAGAUUUCUUUUAUGAUUUUGAUUUUGAGAUAAGUGAAGAGUCAAUAAAUUUAGAAAGGAAUCAAAACUUAGCAAAUAUUUACUGCACAAGAUACUUAAAGUAUGAAAUAUAUAUUGGUUUAUCAUAGCGUUAGUCAUUUAAAGAUAAAUUCAAAUAGUAUAUUAAACGCGAAUUCAAGAUAGACAAUUUUAAGAUUAAAUUUAUUUGCAUUGACGGUAAUUAAGAACAAGCCAAUAGUAUAUUAGCAAAUUUAGAAUAAGAUUAAUAAAAUGAAACAGUCAAAUUUGGUCUUAUAUUUGAUUUUUCUUCAUAGCCAAUUAAAGUUGUUAAUUCACUUUUUAAGUAAUACGAUGAGUAUUACUAAAUAGAUAAUAGUGUUAGUCAUAAUUAGCCAGCCUUUUUAACAUAAUUUAAUUCAGUUUUUGAUAUUUACAGACAUUAUUGUGUUAUAGAUUUCAUCUCAUACUUUAAUACCUUAAUAAUGAAUUGCUCUUAACUUAAAUUAAUGUACUCAUACAUUCCCUCUUAAAUUCAAAAGGCUAUCUAGAUUGUAUAUUCAAAUGCCUAAAAAUAUGGAUUUAAUUAUGUAUUGUUUAAAUUUACUACAACUAACUAACCAUUUAAUCUAAAAUCUGAUUGUUUCAAAGACCAUAGUGAUAAAAUUAUUCGCUUAGGUUAAACAACUUAUGAAGUUUCUAAACCUUUAGAGGACAACGAUUCUUAAAAAUUUAAGUUACCUUAUAACAUCUUAAAAGUUACUUUAUCUUUAGCUUUUAAGCAUCCAACUAAAGAAUUUACUACUCCAGAAAAAAAAGAUGAUGAUAUAGAGCAUUAUUUUUUUAAGAUAGCCAAUGAGUAUGAAUUAAUAAAAGCAGUCUGUUAAAAUAGAGAUAUCUUUAGAAAAAUAUUUUAAGAAUAAAAUGUAGAUUCAAGUAAAUCAAAAAAAUCAAAGAAUUAGAAAAAAAAUUCUAAUAAUAUUGAAGCAAUAGCAAGUAAAUAGGGUAGUCAAAAUGGAGAUGAAAUCGAUGAAUCUAAAAGUAGAGAAAAUGCCUAAUUAAGCAAUUCGGAUAAUGAAAAUUUAGCUUUCAACUUAUAAAAAUUAGAUUAGAUCAUACCUCAGAUUUUCGAGAACAACCUCAAAAAUCAGAAUGAUUUAUACCUUUAUUAUAAUUAAGUAUUCUAAAAAAUAAAAGAAGUUGAAACUUACUUUUUGCUUUACAAAAAUGUAGAUUUAGAUAAUUAUAGGUAAAUAUAUUUUGAUGAGAUAUACAAUAAAUACUUGUUAGAUCUGAUUGUUUAGUAGAAAGGUAAAGAUCUAAAAGAUUUUUCAAAGCUUAAAGCUAAAGCUAGAAAAUGGGUUGAAUAAAAUACUUCAUAGGUGAAGAAAGAGUUUUAAUAUAUUAUUAAUUAGCCAAUUAAACCAAGCUCUUAACAAGCUUAUAAAUUCUUAACAUAUCAAUUUAACAAAAAUUAAACUUUUUAGGUCCUUUAUCCUUCUCAGAAAGUUUAUUUCUCAUUAAUUUAAUCAAAGAUUAUGGAAUUCAAGAAAAAUAUUAAUUUAAUACUAUCCGAAUAUAAUGUAAUGUAUAAGGGAGAAGAUAAGUGGAAUUUAACUUAGUGGAAUACUAUAUUUGAUAGUAGUGAAGGUUUAAGAGAUGCAAAUAACCUACUUGGCUAUGAAAAAUUAUUGAAGUAGCAUAAAAUUUAAACGAAGUAAAAAAAUACUUAAAAGAAAAGUAAAUACGAAAAUAAGUAAAUUUAAAACAUAGAUAUAGAGGAUAUCUAAAAGCUUUAACUAUCUAAUUAUUUUUCUAAUAUUUAGCUCGUAUUUACAGAGGUAAUUAGUAAUAACAACUAGAAUUAAGAAAAAGAGAAGAAACAAAAUAACUCUGAUAAUGUAAAAGUUUAAUUUAAAUAUUAAGAUGAAAGCACAUCAAAAGAAAAUAAGACUUUAGUUUUAGAAUCCAUCUCUACUUCAUAGUUAGUUCGUUAGGAUACUACAAUAUAAGUUCUAAGAUCUAUUUUAAAUGAAAUAAAAAAUGAUUUAUCUAACCAAGUUUAUUCUCCUUAGUAAGAAAAUAACAGGCAAAAAGUUAUGAGAAUUACUGUUAUGGUUGACCAAAAACAAGAAUAAUAUAAAUUUAAAAAGAAAGUUUUUGAAAUGAAUUAGUAAGAAUUAUUAUAGGUCUUCUACUUCAUAACACUAAUAAAUUACUAUAAAAAGCUUGCUAAUUAAGUUAAAAAAUCUAUUAAACUUAUAUUCUAAACUGGUCUUAAAAAGCCAAUCAUAUAGGAAACUUAAAGUUAUUUCAAGAUAAAAAUGUCCACAUUCUAAACCAUAAAUAUGUAUCAGCUAAUUAUUUAAGAUUCUGAAAAACCUAGACCAAAAUGUGGAUUAUAUUCUAUAAACUGUUUAACUUAUUUAAAAACAGAAACAGUAAGUGACAUUACUACAGUUGCUAAUUGGUCCUUAGAGUUGCUUGUAGAGAAUCAAAAUAAAUUUUAAAUUAAAACAGUAGAAGUAAAGCAGGUUGAAAUAGAUCCUCAAGGUAAACUAAAGUUCUAAUUUGAAGAGAGCUUAUAACUCUAACCUAUUUAUGUGAAAUUUAUUUACAAAAAGUAAAUCGUAGCUGCUUAUUUAAAAAAAUAAGAAAAUAAUUUAUGA